AUGCAUAGAAAUGACAACGUGCACAGGAUAUCGUUUGACGUUAACGAGCAGAAUCUCUCUGGAACUGACAACACCGUGACAGUGCUGAUCUACUCCACCGACUGUGGCGGCUGGUGUGUCUCCACAGCUGUGCCGGGACGAUUUAGGACGGGGAGUACUCGAGUACACUACUUUGAGGACUCUGAUUUCGGCCGUCCGGAAAAGAUUCAGUUGAGGAUUGACGGCGACAACAAGGUUCGGUUGGACCAGAUUCGCCUGUACAACGGCCAGACAGGAAGAGAGGAUGAAUUCCCAUGUAACUGUGUCUUAAAAGCCUCUGAGGUGGAAUCCGUGUUCCUGGAUGCCUAUGGCACGAAAUCACUAGGGACAUUGAUGAUGACGUUUCCCGCGGAGAUAUCUACAGCGAACUACGUAGAGGUUCACGCUACUAUGGACGAACCACUUUCUGAGCUGACGAUAUGUAUGGACAUCCGGGCACAUUCGGCCACUACUGGUCCGUUCUUCAGCUACGCUAUCCCAGGCAGAUCUAAUGAAUUGACCGCCUUAGGGAGACAUAAUGCAGAUUGGUACAAGAUGCUCAUCGGUGAUACACAAAGCGAUCGAUUCCCCCUCCCCAUACGAGUCAACACCUGGCACGUGCUGUGCGUCACCUGGCGAAGCGAGGGUGGUGACUGGGCGUUUUACAUAGACGGACGGAGUGUGAUGUCAGGCUCCGGGCUUGCUACAGGUCACCUCAUAGGCAACAAUGGCGCCUGGAUUCUGGGACAGGAACAGGAUUCCCUCAGAGGAGGCUUCUCAACAAACGAGGCCUACAGAGGGGAUCUGGCACGCUUCAACGUGUGGGACUAUGUCCUCUCGUCAGAGGAGAUGGACGGGUUCCACGGCUGCAGUAACGGAGGCAACGUCAUCGACUGGGACACUGUAACGGUGACGCCGCACAUGGACGUGGUCGUCUCUGACCUCAACUGCAGUACUGCAGACGUGCAGCUAGACUGGGAGUUCUGGACGUUGGGUGAUUACACAGACAGGUUCCAGGGAGGCGACCUGGUCACGAUGGAGUACAACCUCCAACUGACGUCACAAGCUGCCCUGGUCAACAUCACAUUCCUGUUCCAUUCAGACGACUUCGAGGACAUGGACCCCAUCACUGUCUCUGGCAGUUCGGGUCGACGGGAGCUAAACGGCACUAUUACUACAAAUAUCAAAGGCUCAGUCGUCUACGGACAGAAGCUCUUCCUACACAUGAACGUGACUUACACCGUGGACGGAUACGGAGUAGAACACUUUUUGGGGCCUGUGUGCCCGAACAGUAACACCACAGUAUUUCCUGUAACCGGCGCCCUCCCUACUUUCAACGCGUCCUGGAUGAGUGAUGGGAAUCUAACAUAUGGUGACAAAAUCAACAUGUCAAUCGCCAUGGCGUUUCCUCGCCUCCGCUAUGACAGACUGGUUGUUGAAGUGUACCGCCCUUCGAUUGAUUCUAUUCUCCCCAUCGCCAUCACACACGUCUCCAUCACUGAGGUCGGCAACACGCUGCAGCUGUCUGGAUGGAACAGCACCGCUCUACUGAGCGCUCGGGAUGACCGCUGGAUGUUGGAACUGACAGGUAUUUCUACAAUUGGAACUGAAGGCAACUUUCUAAACCUUGCUGUCGGGUACGAGUUUACAGAGGACGAAGAGUUUUGGGCUCCAAAGGAAGUCUGGGCUAGGAGCUAUUAA